AAGGAAGUGGAAGACGGAAAGAAAGGACAGGAGCUUGGACCGCGUCGCUCUCUCUCUCUCCUCUCUCCUCUCUCUUCUCUCCUCUUCAGAGCCAGAUAGUACUCCAAUUGGACGUCAUUUCCCAUUCCUUCGGGGGUAGCUCCUUUUACUGGCGCUCCUUCUCCCUCGUCUUCUCUAUCGACACUGCUGCAUCACUUGUUGUUGUUGUACUUAGAAUCACCCCUUUCUCUCUUGACUUCUACUUUGCAUUCGCAUUGUCCGUUACCACGCCGAUACAUCAAGCAUCUGCUCGACACCAUUAUCAAAUCGUCUGAUUAUCCUCACCAUGUCGUCCAAGCCAGACCCGAGCGGAACAGGCCACUCUGCCUCCUCUAAACGCUUUCAGCUGCCCGCCCUUGACUUCAGCUUUGCGCCUUUGACCGAAGGUACCGAUAUCCCACCUCCCGAACCGUCGCCGAGGAUCAGGGACGAGGCGACGAGAACAUCAGACGGGGAGGAUCUCGAGGAAAAAAACACAAAUGGAAGUGGAAACGGGUCCCUGGCUCCACCCAAUGGAAAAUCCAGCAGACCACAUGUAUCCUUGCUGACGUCGCCCAUGUCGUCCACGUCCGGAACCACCAAGUCGUCAGGUGAAGACCACCUCACAUCACCCACGACGUCGUCGAGUCGCAAUGGAACCAUCCGCCGUAUGCUCAGUCGCCACAAGCUGAGAAGCCCCCACGUCAACGGCGACGAGACAAUUGCCGAAAAUGGAGCAGCAGUGUCGCCGACCCAGGAACAGCAGCAGCAGCAGCAGCAGCAGACGAUGAAUCCUCGGCCGCCGUCUAGCAACCGACCGCCGAGUAGCAACAACAAUUAUGAAGUCAAAAAGUCGAGACGGGUCAGUGGGUGGUUUGGCAAGAUUUUGGGGGGAGGCGACAAGAGCUCGACCACCAGGAACAGGCGCGCCAGUAUGAUGGCUCCCUUUCUUACCUCGCCAUCUUCCCCUGAACCGGCACCGGCACCGGUACGACCCCUUACGGAAAACAAGCCCAAAGGCCCGCCACCCCCAAAGAUCCCCGAGCUCAGCCAGCUCAAGUCCAAGCUAGACACGAAAGACGAUGGGGGCCUUCUUGGGGAUGAUUUGUUCAGGGACAUAAAAUAAGCGGUUCACAACCACCACAAAAAAGAGGCAAAGUGAACAAGAGGCACAUCAUAUUCGCGACAGGCGGGAGUCAUAAAUCUGU